AUGGGCCACACUAAGAGCAUGGAAUUUCCAUGCCGGUCCCAUACAAUCUAUUUAAGCAGAGAAGGAGAGAGACAGACCGAGCUUGUGAGCAGACUCGCCAAGCUUGAGGGUGUCGAAAGCACCUCCAAGACCCAGGGUGACGCCAGGUCUAAGUUGUUGGGAGUAAGCCAGAGCCAAGAUACCGGAGUCGGCAAGCUUAGCCUUGACGAAAGAGGUGCUGUCCAGGCUGUACUUGGUGGCAACCUCAACGGCGACUGGGUUGGAGCCGGAAGCAGACUUGGAGUCGAAAGUACCCUUGGUUCCGACCUCGAGUUGAGGGGAAACCUUGUGGUAGUAACCGGCAGCGAAAACGGAAAGGUUGCUAGCGGCAGUCAAGGAAACAGCGUAAGAUGGAGCCUUGUAACCAACAGCAGCAGAGUAGCCGGUCAAAGUGGCGGACUUAACGUCGUAGGACAGAGAAGCACCGGUGGUGAAGCCGUCUUGGCCGACGGUCAAGUCACCGUUGAAGAUUGGGCCCUUGAGCAAGUCAACGAAAGCACGGGCGUUGAUGGACUGCUGAGCAAAGUACAAGUUCAACUUGGCGGAUCUGUUUCCACCAGGAACAGCACUGGUGACCAAUUCAGACUUGAGACCUGGAGACAGAGCGUCAACAAGCUCAAUCUUAGUGUCCAAGGCGUUGGCAGUGUUCCAGCCUUGGGUCAAUGUCAAACCGGUGCUCUUGUCUGUGUAUUUACCUUCCAAAGAAGCAGAGGUCUUUCCACCGGAAGCCUUACCCUUGGUGGUGAAAGCGACACCGUUUGGAGCGACGGUCUUAAGGUCCAAUGCCACUGGGGUGAAGUGGUAGAAGUCCUUUCCGAGGAUAUCGUUGGUUGGUUUAGCAAUGUCAGAGAAUGCUGGUGGGGCCAUUUUGUAAAAGUUGGGUAA